AUGUCUUCAAAUAAAUCCCUCAGUUUAGAAUCUCUUAAGGUCGAAAUUAACGCCCUAGCAGAACAAGUUCAACGCCAAAAUAAAGUGGUUGCGGAUACUGGACGACGAUUAAUUUCGAUUGAAAUUGAUAAGGAACGGAAAUCAAUUGAUAGCCUGCCAACUAUCUCACUUCCGGAGGAGCUUAUUUCAACUGUCCCUUCAUCUAAGCCAAAAAGCGUAUCAUUUUCAAAAGAGGAAAAUAAUAAUCUUGAAUUAGAUGGUGACGGCGAAGGAAAUGCCUAUAUUAGAGGAGACGACAUUGUUGAACUUGUUACUGAGCUUCAAGGACAGCUUGAUUUACUAGAAGCUCGAAGCAUUAGAAGAACUGCAAACGCUUUUCUUACUAAAGACACUGAUAUUAUUGCACCCUUACCUGGCACUGAUGGCUCAAUCCCAGGAGAACAUUUCACACCAAAUGACAUUCAAGAAGAUCAAGACGAAGAAACAGCGCUGCCAUUUCUUAAAAUCCCUUUCCCAAAAACGCUCAAAGAGUUUCGAGAACUUUCACGCGCAGACGUCGAAGUCUGGUGCAAAUUUUACGAACUUUUGCCCCCCGAUGAAGCGGAAAUCGCCGAGUUAUUAUCACAUGCGGGCACUACUCUCGAGUCCCUUGAACUCUCCCUUGCCUCUUCGACGUUAUCAAACUUGUCUGACAAUUCAACGAAGGGGCUUAAAGGUACAGAGAGCCUUCCAGAAGCACAAAAUGAUGAGAAUGAGAAGUCAACAAAGAAGGCAGCUGAACAAAAUGAGAAUCAGGAUUCCCAUGAAAACCAUCAGCAUGGAGGAGUUUGUGGAAGUAAUGAACGCUGUGAAUACUCUGGAAAUGACAAAAACUCUAAAAGCGUUGAGCAACCUGGAAAUAAUAAGUGUGGACUCUCCCAAAAACUUGGAGGAUCAGCAGAGUCGGAUUUAAAUUUGAUUGAAGGAGAUUCCGCUUCUGCUUCUCUACCUACUGAGGAAGAGUCCAAUACACAUUUUGACGAGCUUGCUAGAUUUCUUGGGAUUCGGAUGCGAAGAACAAAAAAUGUCUGGUAA